GGCGGCACCGCUGGCGGGGCCCUCGCCUUCGGCCUCGACAAGACGGGUCGCGGAGCUGAGUCUGAUAACGGGGAAGAGACCGUCGUCGAGGACUUCGCGAUGAAACGCGCCGACAGGUUGAUGCGCCGGCUUACAUUCUUCGGCGUCGAGCUUGCGUCGGAGGCCGCCCUCGCCGACUUCAUCCAGGCGGACCACCGACCUCGGUCGCGGAAGUGCCCCUUCAGCGAGAAGCAGCUCGGCAAGCACAUCAGGUCGCACCUCGCAGCGACGACGGGAACGUCAGAGCCAGAGAAGUUGCCCAAUGGCGUCCUGCUUGCGCGCCUGAACGGCGCCAAGGAGAUGGAGCGGAUCUUCCAGAAGCGCCUCCUCGUCGCCAAGACCGUCCAGGGUCGCAACAAGUACCGCGCCAUCACCUUGUUCUGCUCGAGUGAAUCCAUGCGAGAACGCCACAAAGCAAGCUUCCUGAAGCUCACGUCGUCCAUCUACAUUGCCACGAACUGUCGGACUCGCUACACCAAGCGGAAGUUCGUGUCCCAUCCGACUUGCUCCAACACGGGUGACGUGCUGGGCCCAGUUGAGAUGCCAUCCAUGACGCAGCUUCGUCGCUUGAAGAAACCGGACAAGGUCGCUUACUACAGAAAACGCCUGGCACGGAUUGGAGGCGAGGUCUCCGGUGAUGACGAGGACGACAUGGACGACGCGAUCGAG